GUCCUUGAAGCAGCAGCAGCAGCAGCAGCUUAAUUGCGAGAUCUAAAAGAGCCAGAUAGAAGGAAAAGAAAAAAAUCCCUGGCAGAGAGAGAGAGACAGAGAGAGAGAGAUGAAGUCAGUGAAGAAGAAAGGCCCUCCGAUCGACGCCGAGCAGCCGGCUUCCGCCGAGGACGGCGGCGGAGAACCUGAUGCCGUGGCGGAUCAUGGUGGCGAUGGCGAGGCUGCUGCGGUGGCGGUGGAGGGAGACGAGGUGCAACGGCGAGAGGAAGGGGAUGGCGCCGAGGAGGAAGAGGAGGAGGACGACGAAGAAGAGGAGGAGGGAGACAAGGGUUUCGACAAAUUCGAGCAUCUCCAAAUCGAAGGAGGAGAGGCUGAGGCCGAGAGGCCCAAGCUCGCCGAAGGAUUUUACGAGAUUGAAGCCGUGCGCAAGAAAAGGGUUCGCAAGGGCGAAGUUCAGUAUCUCAUCAAAUGGCGUGGGUGGCCUGAGACGGCAAACACGUGGGAGCCGUUGGAGAAUCUUUUGUCCUGUUCUGAUGUUAUUGAUGCAUUUGAAGAGAGUCUGCGGUCUGGGAAACAUAGGUCAUCAAGGAGGCGCAAGCGCAAGUUUGGGGCUACUCACAGUCAACCCAAGAAGAAGCAACGAAAUUCUCCUUCUGCAGCUACCGAUAAUGUACCAGCUGUUAAAGUCAGGAUUAUUGACGAACCAUCGCCCAUAGUUCCUCUUGACGACUCCAGGAUAUCCAAUGUGGUGGAGAGAUAUUUGGGGCCUCUCAAUGUUGUUGGAUCCUCGGAGCAAGCUGAAGAGAAUGGGUUUGGAGUGAUGUCCACACAAGUUGAAGGAAUGAAAGAGCAAAAUGAACUGAACUUAAAGCUCAGUGAACUGAGAGGAGCAUCAACUAUCUAUGUGGAAAAUGUAAAUCAAUGGGCAGGAAGCCACCAAGAUUCCCAUGCUUUAGAAGGUGAUGGUCCUUCUAAUGGGCUAUUGAAGGUUGAUAGUGGUGAACAAGUUCAACCUGGACGCUGCACUGGAUCUAGGAGGAGGAAGUCUGGUUCUGUCAAGAGGUUUACACAAGAUUCAGCCCCAUGUGUAUCAGAUGAGGUAGGAAAUCCAACAGGGAAGACCAGUAAUGGUGCUUGCGGUCAAGCUGGAUGGCAGGGGAGUCAAAAUCCUGACUUUGUGGGUAAUGAUUCGGGUCACAAAAUCAAGUUUGAUAACUCAAAAAAUGUAUACCCUAUCACUGAGAUCAUAAAGCCUAUAAGCUAUUCAUCUUCUGUGACAAACGACGUUCUUGACGUGUCAGUAACUUUCAUGGCCAUGAGGUCGGAUGGGAAAGAAGUGAUGGUGGAUAAUAAAUAUCUGAAGGCUAACUAUCCACUUCUGUUGAUCAACUUCUAUGAGCAACAUCUCCGCUACAACAACGCUGCGCCAUGAGCACAGAGACCAUUAUGAACGAGAAUAUGUGGAUGCUGAAAUCAGGCUAUCUGUGGCUUCUUUCACAUUUAGUGUUGUAGUUUGUAGCUGGAUGCUAGUAGUACAGGUUAACCGAUGCAGUUUGGCCAGGCGUUAGAUAGCACAGUGCUGACUUGUACAGCAGAAAACUCUUGUUUAUUUGUCUUCAGCCCCCCCUCCCCUCUUCUGUAUGAGUAUGAAUGCCAGGCUUAUUGACCUACUUUUUGAUGGUAUUAUUUGGGCAAUCUCACAUGAAAAUGGUGUCUUUAACACAGACAUGAUGGUGACCAUUUGUUUCCCUCUAGGCUAGGUGUUGUCAUAUUCCCAGUUUUCUUCCAUUUGUUCUGCAGUAAUAUCUAAAAAUACAGGGCUGGAUCGUCUGUUUUA